CUUGCCUUAAUUUUUCCUUUAUAACUCUGAUCAUAGUUUGAACCUCUCUCCUCCUCCUCCACAGGGCUCAGAUGGCUCCUGCUGCUACUGCUGCUGCUGCUGUCCAGCUCCUGUUGGCUGCCGCCCUGUGGGUGCUGCCUCACAUUGGAGCUGUCCCACUGCUGAGCUUCACAGAGCUCCUCAACACAACCACAGCUACAGCUCAGUCUGACUUCAGGAUGUUCACUGGAGCUGUGGCUUUGCCUCGAAGCAGACGUAAGCGAGCCAUUUCAUCCAGAGAGAUGAACGCCCUGCUGGAUUACCACAACCGAGUCCGCUCCCAGGUCUUCCCCCCUGCUGCUAAUAUGGAGUACAUGCUGUGGGACGAUGGGCUCGCUAAGUCCGCUGACUCAUGGGCCUCACGAUGCGUUUGGGAACACGGUCCGACGCAAGCCAUGAAAUAUGUGGGCCAAAACCUGUCAGUCACUUCAGGAAGGUACCAGUCCAUCACAGACCUGGUCCGGUCCUGGUAUGAAGAGAGGCAUCGCUUCUCCUACCCGAACAGAUGCAGUGGAUCUGUGUGCUCUCACUACACUCAGCUAUGGAGGAUCCUGCUGGAGAAACCAGUGCUCGCCAAACACAAAACCCAGAAGGAUUUAACAGAAGACGGGAGAUAA